AGUUCAUACAGGUUUUGGAUGAAGAGAAAGUAGAUGCAGCAUCCCUGUCACUACCCCAGGUCUCUCACCGUAUGUGUUAGAGCUCGGGCCCUUUUCUUACCCAUUCUCUCAGAGCCUUCUAAGCCACAACCUCACUGACACGGCAAAAUGGUACGCGUGUGCUGCUUGCCGCAGCCGAAGGAGAAGAAGAUACCGGGUUUGCCGGCGUUUCUGCAGCCGAGCAUAGCCGCGGCCGCGAGGAAAAAGAAGAGGGAAACGACGAAAAAAAUGGUCUCCAUCGCUUUGCUGCGGCGGAGGAUGUUCCAGCGUACGCAGCGCUUACAGCGAGAAGAGGUUCAGCGACAGCAAGAGGACGAGAAACGAAAACAGAAGAAUGAAAAGCAGCGAGCGUAUCAGAAGCAACGCAAGUUGCAAAAACUGAAAGAGGCAGAAGGACAGGACGGGCCCAAGAAAUUCGCGGACGGCGCGGAGGAGGCAAGUCAGGUUGAAACGGGUGAAAAUAAUCUUGCUGGGAACAGAAGCGGCAUCGGGGGCGGUGACGUAGAGGCACCAGUCGACGACAUGAAGUCGAGCCUCGGUACGGAACUGGGACAAAAGGUGCAGUCCGGCGCGCAAUCUUCAAGGUCAAAUUUGCUGUCUAAGCAGCAGUCGAGCAGCAGCAGCAGCAGUAGCAGCCGCUUGUUUAGUGCCGGAAACGCGGUUGGUCUUGGAACUGCUGCCUUUGCUGGUCAAUCAGCUUCGUCCUCCUCGAGCAGCAGCAGCAGUGCGGUCGCGAAAAGUGUUCCACAAACAAGCGCUGGGGGCUCGCUCCCUUCGAACUUCUUUGCUAAAAGUUCAUCUGUAGCAGGUGCGUUCGCGGGAACCAGCCGAUCACUGUUUCAACCACCGGAAAGGGACGCGGCACUGCAGUCAGAACAGGAGAGUGGCGAUGGUGCAGCGCCUUCGAAUUUGGCGGGCUUUUCACAAAAGGAUCAUGGAGUACUUCCACCGGAAUGA